AUGAUGCCCCGCGCCGGCUCUAACCCGGCUGCGCCGCCGGCCACCGCGCCACUGGCCCCCAUCCCGUCGGCCUCCGAGCCGCCGGCCACCGCGCCGUCAGCCUUCACCCCGACGGACUUGGUGCCACCGGACUCCCCAGAGUACACUCCUUCCAUGGAGUGGAUGUUGGCCGGACAGGCGCCGCCUAUGCUUGGAGAAGAUGACGACUUCGUUCUUGCCCUUGCACCGCCGCCGCUCUACUGCCCCAUCCACAGACAUGGGCCGUGCCCGACGCGUGACGGCACAGCGCGGCCACCUCCAUCCCCGACCCUGCCGACGACCCCGCCUCGCCUCAACAUCAACACGACCCUCGCCGGCGGUGGCAACUCUGAGGCGGACCACGGCGGCGACGAAGACGAUGGGCUUGACGAUGUUCACUCGGAAGCACGCCGGUUCGUGGCCGCCAUGGCGGCUCACCGCGCCGGACCGGUCGACGGCGACUGGAAUCCCGCCACCAUCGGCCUCUCCUCCUCCGACGAGGGGUGGCCCUCCUCCAUCUAG